GUGCAACACAAAAAUAGACAACGCAGCGCAAGACAGCAAAAAUCAAGAUAAGAUAAAUCAAGAGCCAAAGAAGGAAGGGGGGAAAAAUGGCAGCGCCCAAAGCAGACGCUGAACUCGCCGGCCUCUUGGCUGAUCUCAGAGUAGAGAACCCACUGCCGGCCUAUAGUGGCGCCUCUCCCUCUAUUAAUCCUGUCGACAUUUUUCGAUGUGUUAUCACCAAGGAGCUUGCGAAGAUCACUGAGCUAGACCCUAGUUUCAUUUACCCUGCACUUGAGUGGACAAAUACGCUUGAUAAAGGUGACCUACUGCUUGCAGUUCCUCGACUACGAGUGAAAGGAUCGCCUGCGGAGAAAGCUGCGAGUUGGGCAGCCGCGUUUCCAUCGAGCCCGCUGAUCAAGCCUCCUGUUGUCACUGGCACAUAUCUGCGCUUCGAUUACAACCCCGAAAUCCUUCCGAAAAUCGUCGUUCCUCUUAUUCUGAAGCUUGGUCCCCGCUAUGGCCUCAACGACACGAACAGUCUCAAAUUAUCUUCCUCCACAGCUCCCGCAACCAGAAAGAAGGUUGUGGUUGAAUUCUCAAGUCCGAAUAUAGCGAAGCAAUUCCAUGCAGGCCAUCUUCGAAGCACAAUCAUCGGAGGAUUUCUGUCGAAUCUUUAUGAAGGCGCCGGUUGGGAAACAAUUAGGAUGAAUUACCUAGGUGAUUGGGGGAGGCAAUAUGGUCUUCUUGCAGUGGGCUGGAAGAAGUAUGGGGACCAGAAGGCUUUUGAUACCGAUCCAAUUGCACAUCUCUUCGACGUGUACGUUAAGAUCAGCGCAGAUUUCAAGCCGGAAGAGGAUGAGUUUAAGGCUGCUGGAAAGCGUGGGGAGGAUACAGCUGUGUUGGAGAGUCAAGGCUUACUUGGAGAAGCCAAGGCAUAUUUCAAGCGCAUGGAGGACGGCGAUGAGGAGGCGCUAGCACUGUGGAGAAAAUUCAGAGAAAUCAGUGUCGAGAAGUACAAAACGACAUACGCGCGCCUUGGUAUCCAUUUCACGGAUUACUCUGGGGAGUCCACUGUUAGAAGGGAGACCAUGGAAAUGGCAGAACGCAUUUUGCUUGAAAGGGGAAUUGCCGAACGAGACAAUGGUGCCGUCCUAAUCGAUUUCAAAAAGCAUGGUGCAAAGAAGUUGGAUGUUGCAUUGAUUCGAAAUCGGAACGGCACCUCUAACUAUCUACUGCGCGAUAUUGGGGCGGCUAUCCAAAGACAGCAGACAUAUGAUAUGGACAAGAUGAUUUAUGUUGUCAUGAGUGAGCAGGAAGCGCAUUUGCAACGACUUUUUAAGAUAUUAGACUUGAUGGGCGGAGAAUAUGCGGCUUUGGGUAAGAAGAUGCAACAUGUGACCUUUGGAAAGGUCAUGGGAAUGUCUACGCGUCGGGGCAAUGUCAAGUUUCUCGACGAUAUCCUCAUUGACGUCGGUGAAGCUAUGCACGAUGUUAUGCGCCGCAAUGAGAACAAAUACCAGCAGGUCGAUGAGCCCGAGAAAAUUGCAGAUAUCUUAGGGAUAUCUGCUGUUAUGGUACAGGAUAUGUCUGGGAAACGUAUCAACAACUACCCAUUCAACAUUGAACGGAUGACUUCGUUCGAAGGUGACACAGGACCUUAUCUACAGUAUGCCCAUGCUCGACUCUGUUCUAUCCAACGAAAAGUCGCCCUCAGUCAUGAUCAACUUCUGCAAGCCGACUAUUCCUUGCUGAGCGAGCCCCAUGCAAUUGGCUUAAUAAGACUUUUGGCUCAGUACCCAGAUGUCGUGGGUCAUACCUUCAAGACUCUCGAGCCUACCACAAUUCUCACUUAUCUCUUCCGCCUUACUCACCAGCUGAGUUCUAGUUACGACGUUCUGAGGGUUUUGGGAGCCCCGGAAGGCAUGGCCACGACUACCGCCCGUGCCGCUCUCUACGAAGCUGCCAGGCAAACAAUCUCUUGCGGAAUGUUAUUGUUAGGACUAAAUCCCGUCGAAAGGAUGUAACACUCCAUUCGCACGCCAUCAAAAAUACAUUCGUUCGGUUGACGUUCGGCAAGCCGACAACACUACCAAAACAUAGCAAACACGUGACGCGGACCAGUACUAGUCCGGCCUUCAAAGUCAUCCUGAAUGAAGCAAAUGAAGGCUUUUUUUUAUUUGAUUCGAUGAAGAUGAAGAUCUUAUUGGCAUUAUCUUCAUUCAAUUCGAAAGGUCUCGAGCUCGAUUCGACUUCAAAAUAUUCAAACAUCAGCCCUAGUCCUGGCUUGUCAAUAAAGCGUCUAUGAAUCUCCUUCAGUCUACGUGGCAACCAACAAGAUUCCAGGCGGGGUACCAGUCUGGAUCCAGAUCAUAGCUUUUCCACCGCACCCGAUAUUUCAGGGCCCCGCGGACGAGUUUACCGUCCAAUAUCUCUUCAACCUCCUAUUCGGCUUCACCAUCGACCUCGAUCGGCAAUGGUGGUUCGUUCGUUUUGCCAGGGAGAGGAUCGUUAGCGGCUUUCCGGAGACGGUCUGGCGAGAACACAGGGUGAACUUUAACACUGUCCGGCAAUUUCACCCUGUACGAGUUUCCAACCUGUUCUAGGAUCUCAUACGGGCCGGCCAUCUGGUAGUCCAACUUGUGGCUAGGCCGUUCUGUUUUCCAGUUCUCAGUUUAAACCCACACGAAGUCGCCAACCCCGAAGUCGGGGAUUCGUCGGUGCGUAUUCGCUUGUGCUGUCAUUGAUUACUGUGCCUUUUUGAUAUUAUCUCCCCGGACCCGACCUUUGCCAGUCUUUUAACGAACUCCUGGGCCUCUUUCCCCGGGAGCUUUUCCCAGAGUGUAUGUCAUUCCGAUCUGGAUAGGAGCGAAGCCUAAGGAGUCUCGAGGGACUGUUGCCUUAGCAUAGUCCAUUAGAGGGAGUAACUCGACCAAUUGUCCUGAAAGUAACUAACGGAGGGCCAGAGUCUCAGGUCUAAAUACUGAUUCAUGAUUUCCGCGUGUCCGUCAGUUUGUGGACGAUAUGUCGUAGAGAGCUUGAGCUUGAUCCACAGGACCCUGGCAAACUCUUACCAAAAGGCCGAGAUGAAUUGAGGACCUCCCUCCUGACACAAUAGUAUCUGGAGCACCAUAUAUACGGUACACGUAAUGGAUGAAUAACGAGGCAGCCUUCGGGGCGUCGAUGGUUUCUUUGCAAGGAAUAGAGUGUGUUUUUAUCCCAAAACGGUCAAUGAUUACUAGGACCAUAUUAUUCCCAGUACGGUCUCUCGGUACUCCGUGGAGAACCAUUGAUUUGUGCUGCCAAGGGCGGUCUGGUACCGGGAGAGGGUUGAGAAGUCCAUGGAUCUUGUCUCCUGAGAUGGAGGAUACUCGACGAUCAUUGCAAUUGCUUUCCGAGUCUUCUUCUUUCCCGGGUAGGCGGUGGAUACUUAGCAAUGGGCUUCAGCGAUAAGGUGGGUCCUUAUCAGUUUCUCGUCAGCGACUACAAGCGUGUCCCUGUAUUUCAGCAGCCCAUUGUCCAAAAUCGGACCUUGGGUGGUUCGAGCCUUCUCACGUAGCUCCUCAAGUGAGGGGGAAGUCCGGUUAGUCCUCAGUAGGUCAUCGAUCAGGUCAAGCGCCGGAAGUCAAUGGGAGACUGGCACAUAAAUCGAAAGGAAGCGCAAAGCACCUAAGACGAAAGGUAAAAGGAGACCAAAAAUAUACCUGGGAAGAAGGGCAAUACUGACAGCAAAGAUGCGGAGAGUAAGCGAUUGUCAAAGAAGCGACGGCUUACGAAAAUAUAAUCGACCAAGUACAAAUCAGCUGAGUUCGUAGCUGACAGUAAUAAUAACACCGUUAUGCAACAGACUGGAAUAAAAUCGGACAACCAAGAUAGUCCCUCUUCAGAUGUGGAUAUUGUUCAUGAGCAUAACUCGAUGUUAGAGGUGUGAGCUACAAGACAGUUGAGGAUGAAGAAUCGAGAACUGGUCGCAAAUAUCGAUCGCAGAAGCUGUUAAGGCGCACCUGUAUUGUCGAUGAGAGCGGUGAAGAAUGAAGGGGCGAGCAAUGAGAGAGCAAGGAUGACAAUCGUGACAGGUAGUUUUGCGGGCAAGCUACUAUCUCAAAAGGACCUCUGAAGACCCCCACUUUGCAGUCUGUACCUACGUAAGUCUGCGUUUCUACCGACUUUUAGCGUUGCACCGCUACUGAAGCUCGUCCUCGCAGCAAGCUUCUUCGCGACAUACGUGAAUUAAGGAUGGCUCUUAAGGACGGCCAGAUCUUCUGAAUCUGGACGGCCACACACGUAACUCUUUGCUCAGAAUGCUUUGGAUAGUUGCUACUUCUAAAUGUCCGACUAAUUAAGUCAUGAUGCUGCAUCUACGCUGGAGGAAGCCGACAGUCAAUCAAGCCCUGUUGAUUCGCGAGACGUUCCCCCUUCACUGCCUCAGAGGAUCGACGGGAAAGCAUUCAAAAGGUCAAAGAAAAUGCCUACACCUGUAGAACUACACCAG